CCAGGGACGGAUCAUUUAAGAUUAGUGUCGAUGGCUGCUUUGCUAAUGACAUCGUCACAAAGCUCCCCCAGAGGCUCAGCACACCUCCACCUGUCACUCUCGUCUGCAUCCAUGUCGCCAUCGUGAAAACGAGCUGAGCACAGCGCGGACAGGCCGGUCGCCAUGCCAACAGUCAAGGGCAGGAAGAGGAAGUCCAAAAAGGAAGUCAAUGAUGACGAUGGCGAAGUGGUUUGCGUGGAAGUGGAGAAAGAAGGAUUGACAAAUCAGAAUAGAGAAGUGGCAACGCCGGACUUCCUCGAUGCGGCGGCACCACAGAAGAAGAAGAAAAAGAAGAGGGCGCCGACAAUUGAUCAGCCGGCGGAGUAUGUCGACACGCCAAACGGGGACACGGGCAAAGCCGAGGUGGGCGAGGAGGAACCUGCCGUCGCUAUGACCAGACGGACCAAAAGGAAGAGGAAGACCAAAUCCACGGAGCAUCACGGCAAUGAUAUCGGAGCCGAAGAUGACGACAUUGUGGCGAGCGCCCCCUCGCCCAUCCCCCAGCAUUCCUUGUUCUCCGCCCCCCAAGGAAGCAGUCAACCCGUCGGCAGAGUCUUUGUCGAGAGAAAUCGGCGUUUCCAGGCAGAACGAGUGGAGCAGUUGCGACACAUCGACCAGGUGGACGACUACUUGGAGCCCAGACAGAUGACAUGGACCACCAGAGACAUAGCAAUCAAGAUCCACAGCAGCUUCAGGGUCCUGGGCCUGUUCUGCCAUGGCUUCCUGUCAGGCUACGCCGUGUGGAACGUGAGCGUGGUGUACGUGCUAGCAGGUGAGCGCAUGUCGGCGCUGGCCAACCUUCUGCAGCAGUAUCACUCGCUGGCCUACAGCGCGCAGUCGCUGCUCUACCUGCUGCUCGCCAUCAGCACCGUGUCCGCCUUCGACCGCGUCAACCUGGCCAAGGCCUCCAUGGCUCUGAGGGGCUUCAUCACGUUGGAUCCCGCCGCUCUCGCCUCGUUCUUGUACUUCACCGCGCUGAUCCUGUCCCUUAGUCAACAGAUGACCAGCGAUCGCAUCCACCUAUAUCCCACCGCCAACGAGACUCUGUGGCCUCCUGGUUCUGAGGAGCAGAUCUUGCGACCGUGGAUCGUGGUCAACCUAGUGGUGGCGCUGCUGGUGGGCCUGGCCUGGGCCAUCAUCUCCACACGGCCAGAUAUUGACUACACGGAAGAGUUCUUGAUGUCCAUGGAAGUCGAGAGCUAUCCCCGAGCCGAUGACAACAUGGACAUCCAAGCCUGAAACCUUGUUUAAAAUCCCUAAUUCAAAGUAUUUAUUUUCAAAAUAUUUCUUGUACAGUAUGUGUUUCACAUCUUUUUUGUCCUUUGUGGUUUUGUGACUUGAAGAAAUAAACAAAGUAUUGUGUUGUGC